UUAUUUGAGGAGACAAAAUCCUGAAGGAAGCCGAGUUCCUGUGCUGUACACCACACCACCUCACAUUCCGCACCUACGCUACAUUGCCCCGCCGCUCGCUGCAUCAGAGGACGAGGAAUCAAUCGAUCUUCCGAGGGAGUAGAGAGACACGGAAAGAUGCACGCUACACACCUGCUAUUGGAGGAGCCAAUAAGGAUGGCCUCCAUUCUCGAGCCAUCCAAGCCCAGCUUCUUUCCUGCUAUGACUAAGAUUGUUGGUACCCUCGGUCCGAAAUCACGGUCCGUUGAAGUGAUUUCAUCCUGUCUCAAGGCUGGAAUGUCUGUUGCACGGUUCGAUUUUUCUUGGGGGGAUAAAGAUUAUCACCAAGAAACACUGGAAAACCUGAAGAAAGCUGUAAAGAGUACAAAGAAGCUCUGUGCUGUGAUGUUGGACACUGUAGGUGCAGAGUUACAGGUGGUGAACAGGAGUGAAACUGCCAUUUCACUUGAGGCAGAUGCUCUCGUGACUUUGACACCUGAUCAAGAGAAAGAAGCUUCAUCUGCAUUAUUGCCGAUAAACUUUGAUGGGCUCUCUAAGGCGGUGAAGAACGGAGACACUAUAUUUAUUGGUCAGUACCUUUUCACGGGAAGUGAGACAACUUCUGUUUGGCUAGAGGUAACUGAUGUAAAAGGCGAGGACGUGGUGUGCACGGUGAAGAAUAGUGCCACUCUUGCUGGAUCUCUAUUCACUCUGCACAUCUCUCAAAUUCAUAUUGAUUUGCCUACACUAACUGAUGCCGAUAAGGAAGUUAUAAGUACAUGGGGUGUUCGGAACAACAUUGACUUCCUCUCCUUAUCCUACACACGUCAUGCAGAAGAUGUUCGCCAGGCUCGUGCAUACCUUUCUAAGCUGGGUGAUCUUCAUCAGACUCAGAUUUUUGCGAAGAUCGAAAAUAUAGAGGGGCUGACUCAUUUUGAUGAAAUCCUUCGCGAAGCAGAUGGCAUCAUUCUCUCUCGAGGAAAUCUCGGCAUCGAUCUUCCACCAGAGAAGGUUUUUUUGUUUCAAAAGGCUGCUGUUUACAAGUGUAACAUGGCAGGGAAGCCUGCAGUGGUUACUCGUGUGGUAGACAGUAUGACUGACAAUCUGAGACCAACUCGAGCUGAGGCAACUGAUGUGGCAAAUGCUGUAUUGGAUGGAAGUGAUGCUAUUCUUCUAGGUGCAGAGACUUUACGUGGACUAUAUCCCGUUGAAACCAUUUCAAUAGUUGGGAAAAUUUGUGCAGAGGCAGAGAAGGUUUUCAAUCAAGACUCAUAUUUCAAAAAGACUGUGAAAUAUGUUGGUGAACCAAUGAGCCACUUGGAGUCAAUUGCUUCCUCAGCGGUAAGAGCAGCAAUCAAGGUGAAGGCUUCAGUUAUCAUUGUUUUUACCUCAUCGGGAAGGGCAGCGAGGUUGAUUGCAAAAUAUCGGCCAACCAUGCCUGUAUUAUCUGUUGUUAUCCCUCGCCUGAAAACAAAUCAGCUACGGUGGAGUUUUACUGGAGCAUUUGAAGCAAGGCAGUCACUUGUAGUUCGGGGCCUUUUUCCAAUGCUUGCAGAUCCUCGGCAUCCAGCUGAAUCAACAAGUGCCACCAAUGAGUCAGUUUUGAAGGUUGCACUUGAUCAUGGGAAAGCUUCAGGGGUAAUCAAAUCGCACGACAGAGUUGUCAUCUGUCAAAAAGUGGGAGAUGCAUCUGUGGUUAAGAUAAUUGAGCUUGAAGACUAAAUCAUGUUUACCUACUUUUGGAGUCUAUUUUAGUUAUGUGUGGCAAUCCCUUGUCUGCGGGAGUACUUGUGCUUCCGAGUGAGCAACUUUUCUAUUCGUAUGUAUGUGUGCAUCUCAGAACAAAGAGUAUUUUUGGAUAUCAUGUAACACUUUAAAAUAUGUGAGUUUUUGUCUCUUUUUUUUCAUUCUCUAUUAGAAGAAUGUUUUUGAAUAUCAGCGAACAUUUAACUGAUGUGUCAAGCCCAUAUUGAUCUCUGUAAGUGUUUGGGAUAUGCCAUUGGAUGCCUCAAGAAAAUUAUUUCAGUGUUCC